AGUAGCUUUCACCGAGUUCAUCAUGGGUUCCACUCUACGGAGAACGAUUAACUUACUAACAAUAGUGUUAGUAUUGCGUGAAAGUUAUCAACGCGAGAUAGGGGAUCGGAAUCUCCCGCGAAUGGCCCGUUUAAGUGAUGCCGAGCUGGUACGGCAAUCGAACGACUUCGCGAUCCAGUUGUACAAGCAAGUGAGUGCUGAAACGAGAAAUGGAAAUGUGGUAAUUUCUCCUCUAUCGAUCAGCGCCUGUUUAUCGCUAGCUGCAAUGGGAGCUGGAGGAUUAACGGCUGAAGAAAUGUUUGGUGGAUUGCGUUAUGGAAAGGCCGAUCAAAAACAGCGAGUGGCCGAUUGGUACAGACGACUCAUGAGGCAGUUGGCAAGUGAUUCAUCUAUCGCCGUAGCCAACACUCUGUACGUGAAAGAAGGAUACACCGUGAAGCGAUCCUUCAAUGAAGUGGCCACUAACAGCUUCCAAUCGGAGGUCCAUGAGCUCAAUUUUGCGCAGAACGAAGCCGCUGCGAAAACGAUCAACGAUUGGGUGGAAAGGAAGACGAACAACAAAAUCAAGGAUCUCAUCGCACCCGAUAUGCUGGACGAUUUUACUCGUAUGGUGCUAGUAAAUGCGGUCCAUUUUAAGGGCAGUUGGAAGUAUCAGUUCGAUAUGCAUAACACCCGUUCAAUGCGAUUCUGGCUCAGUGAGACAGGGUCACACGACGUUCCGAUGAUGUUCAUUAAGGAGGAUUUUGUGUAUAAAAACUUUUGGGAAGAAGGAUUCUCCGCUUUGGAGCUAAGCUACAGUGGCAGCACUACGACGAUGUUGGUGCUGUUGCCCAACAGGCGCGAGGGACUAGGUGCUCUGGAGGAGAUGCUUCCGAGUCUUAACCUAGUAGAGCUACGUAACAAAAUGACGAAAGAAGAAUUGGUAGUAUAUCUUCCUAAAUUCAAAAUAGGCUUCAGUCUCGAGCUUGAAGACGUUCUAACGACUCUUGGCAUGAGCCGAAUGUUCAGUGAUGCAGCUGAGUUUCCCGAUUUGCUGGAGUCAGACGAACAUCUCAAGGUUUCGAAUGUCAUCCAUAAAGCUUACAUCGAAGUGAAUGAAGAAGGUACCGAAGCAGCAGCAGCCACAGCAAUGCAAUAUUAUAGGAUAUCCGGAUCAUCGAUGUUCGCGGCAAAUCAUCCAUUUAUUUAUGCCUUGUUGUCAGAGGAUGGGUUAGUACAAUUAAUAGGAAAAGUGACCAACCCAGCAUAAAUCUUCACUACUUUGGUUGAUCAAAGGAUAAGAAUGACUUUUAAUAACCUAUAGUUAAUUUUAAAUACAUCAAAAGCGGCUAAAGGUAGCUAGAUAUGGCUUAAAUUAUAAGAGAAAGAGAGUUAAAUGAGGCUGUAUCGAAGGAAAAGAAACACAUCAAUAAAGCAUUGACAUCAUGAAGCAAA